UUAGACGUAGCAAUCCAUCCCAAUCUCCCAUUGGUCUGGAUUUACAGCAGUCUGAAGUACUGUACGGCAGUUCCAGUUUGUACAUGUGUGUUGUUGUGUGCAGUGGUGAAGAUGGGUAAACGAAGGCACAAAAGUCAGCUUUUUAACAGUUUAACCAAGAAACAGAAAAAACAUCUAAAAGAUUUUGGAGAAGAGCACCCUUUUCACGAUAAAGUUAAUGAAGAGGCAACACAUAUCGUUGAACUGCCAGACAGUCUGGACCAGUCAAGUGCAGAGAGCGAUGUGGAGAGCGAGCCAGAGCGUGUGUCUGCCUACCAGAAACUGCUGUCCACAUUGAACAGUCCUUCUGAAGAGGAGGAGGAGAGUGAGGGAGAGGACGGGAGUGAUGAGGGAGAAGAUCCUGAAGUAGAGGAGGAGAGUGAGCAGGAGGUGGAAGAAGGUGGUGAUGAUGAAGAUGAGGAGAGUGAGGGGGGUGAGGUAGAGAACGGAAUACCAGGGCAGGAGGCAGAGGAGGAGGGCGGAGAUGAAGAUGAGGAAGUGGGGAUCCCAGGCGAGGAAUUCACUGACAAGGAGCAUGAGUCCAAAUUCAGCCUGGAGACCAACGUCCUGGGAGAAGAGGAAGAGGAGGAGGAGGAGAGCGCUAACACAGGAGAGCGCAUCUCGCAGGAUCUGUUUGUGCAGCACCUCAGCACAGAGCUGAAUGAAGAGGAGGUGAAGAGCAUCACAACAAAAGACAAAACAAGGACACAUGUGAAGUGGCCAAGACUGGGCAACUUGGUGUGCACCUCCAGUCAGCAAAAGUACAGCUCACCUCUCGGUGCCCCCAAGGACUUGAGCCCAAGCCAGGCACACCUCUACAAACCCCUGGAGUUGACCUGGCCCAAAGUGAACCAGCCCUUCCUGCUCCCAGAGCACCAGCACGGUUUCACCCCCCUGCAGCAGGAGCUCCUCAGCAUCAUGGGCAGCUACCGGGACCUGUACCUUCCUGAGAGCUCUGCCCUGGCCAAUGGGCCACAGGUGCGCAGCGUGUACUGCCUGCACGCUCUCAACCACGUGCUCAAGGCCAACUCCCAGGUCCUCGCCCACAACACCCAGCUGCGCAACACCAAACCUGGCUCUGAGCCGGAUGAGCUGCGGGACCAAGGGCUCACCCGGCCCAAGGUCCUAAUUCUGGUCCCGUUCCGAGACUCUGCUAUGCGUGUGGUUCAGACCCUCAUCAGUCUGCUAGAGGUGGGCGACAGGAAGCUGGACGUGAGCAACAAGAAGAGGUUCAAGGACGAGUUUGGCUCCGGCCCGGAGAACCAGCCAGCUAAGCUCUCAAGACCCGAUGACUACCACGCUGUCUUCUCAGGGAAUGUGGACGACCACUUCAGGAUAGGUGUGUCUAUCCUGCAGAAGAGCAUGCGUCUGUACUCCCCCUUCUACUCCUCUGACAUCAUCAUCGCCUCUCCACUGGGGCUGCGUACCGUGCUGGGGGUGGAGGGUGACAAGAAGAGGGAAUUUGACUUCCUGUCCUCCAUCGAGCUGCUCAUCAUCGACCAGGCCGACGUCUUCCUCAUGCAGAACUGGGAGCAUGUGCUGCACAUGAUGAAGCACCUGAACCUGCAGCCGCUGGACUCUCAUGGGGUGGACUUCUCCCGGGUUAGGAUGUGGAACCUCAACAACUGGAGUCGGUAUUACAGGCAGACCCUGCUGUUCAGUGCCAUCCAGGACCCCCAGAUCAACGCCAUCCACAGCAAGCACUGCUGCAACUACCGGGGCCAGGUGGCUGUGAAGAACUUGCCCAAAACUGGCUCCAUCAGUCAGGUGCUGGUGCAGCUGCCUCACAUCUUUCAGAGACUGGAGGCAGACAGCUUCAUGGAUCAGGACGCAAGAUUCCAGUUCUUUGUUGAUAAGGUUCUCCCGCAGUACCGGGACGCUGUCAUGUCUCACACACUGAUCUACAUCCCCUCCUAUUUUGACUACGUCCGACUGCGCAACUACCUGCGCAAGGAAGAGCUCAACUGCACGCACAUCUGCGAGUACUCCAAGAAAUCGGAAGUGUCCAGAGCCAGGCACUUCUUCCAGACAGGGGAUAAGCAGUUCCUCCUGUUUACUGAACGCUUCCACUUCUACAAGAGGUACACAAUCAAAGGGAUCUGCAACCUGAUUUUCUAUGCGCUGCCCACCUACCCACACUUCUACAGCGAGAUGUGCAACAUGCUGAAGGCUUCGAGCAGUGGAGAGGAGGCCACCUGGACCUGCACUGCCCUGUACUCCCGCUACGACAUGCAGAGGCUGGCUGCCAUCGCUGGGGCAGAGCGCGCGGCUCAGAUGCUGCAGUCUAAGAAAUCAGUCCACUUGUUUGUCACUGGGGGGGAGGAGACAUUGUAACUCAAUCAUGCACCUCUGUCUCUAGGUUCUACUAGAAACUUAACUAGUUUGUUUAACCAAAAGGCUGUUUAAUUGCUGCAGUAUGUAACCUCAAAACAAGUUGUCAUGUAACAAUACUUUAGUGGGACACGCAGCAACCAAUUCAUUUUUGGUUGCUGCGUGUCCUCAUGGUCCACGGAAUCCAUUCCAGGAGGAUUAGACUGAAAUGAUGUGGUUAAGACUUUUUUUUUUUUUUUCUUUUUUACAAUUUCAUUGCUUGUAGUAAAACUGCAAGCAAUUAAAUUAAUUUCAAGUAGUCGUCUUUUAGCAGUUUUCUGAUAAACCUGAUUAGGAAAUGUGUUUGUCUGUUUGGUUUCUUAUAAUCCAACCUGCUAUAAUGUAUGAUUGAGUGUUGGAAGGAUGAAUACCAAUAAGUGGGAGGCUUAUGCGUGGCUUAACCAACUGUAAAUACAUGCUUAUAAAUAUUUGCCAUUUCCACGAUACAGCAGUGAACAUAGAAAAGCUGUGGCUCACUUCAGAGAUAGACCGGGUUUAAUCAACUACGCUUUCAUUCAAACAUUUAAAACCCGAAAGUUAAUGUAAUGUUUUUCUUCUUAAUAUUUUUAAUUAUAUGUUCUUGUAACAGGUGUCCAUGCAUCUCGGAACUAAAGCAGGGAUAACCAAUAUUCCUGAUGAAACCUGCAAGUCUUCAUCUGUGAAUUCUUGUUUUCUGUGAAUAUAUAUUCUGUGAGUCUAAAAAAAAUAAACGGCCUGCCACAAGAUGGCAGUAUUGCCUGCAGUGCCCUUGAAUGAUUACACUAUGUAACACAAUUUUUGUUCCUGGGUAGUAAGUGUUAUUUCCUAAUUGCUUAUGCCUCAAAAGUAUAGAAAAUGGCUAUUAUUCCCCACAAACUUUGCUUUUGUGACCAGGACAGUGAUAUUUUGAAAUUUACCUAUUUCCAAUGAGAAAACGGGCGAAUUUGUGUCUUUUCGUCAGAAAAAACAACAUAUGAAUCCAAAUUAACAUGUAUUUAUACUAAAGUAAUACAAAAAUGACUACAGAAGAUUUAGAAGUGAGUAGUUUUUCGAGAUUUACGAUUAUACUGUAAAUCACUUUCACGAAUCAGCCCCCAAAUGUAGUCUCCCAUCAUGUUCUCGUUAUACUGUCCUUGGUAGCGGCGUUCAAAGUCCAGUAUAUCCUGGUGGAAGCGCUCACCUUACUCCUCCGAGUACGCUCCCAUGUUCUCCUUGAAUUUAUCAAGAUGAGCAUCAAGGAUAUGGACUUUGAGGGACAUCCUACAGCCCAUUGUGCCGUAGUUCUUCACCAGAGUCUCAACCAGCUCCGCAUAGUUUUCGGCCUUGUGAUUGCCCAGGAAGUCCCGAACCACUGCGACAAAGCUGUUCCAAGCCGCUUUCUCCUUACUAGUGAGCUUCUUGGGGAAUUCAUUGCACUCCAGGAUCUUCUUUAUCUGUGGUCCGACGAAGACACCGGCUUUGACCUUUGCCUCAGACAGCUUAGGGAAGAAGUCUUGAAGGUACUUGAAGGUUGCCGACUCCUUAUCUAGAGCUCUGACAAAUUGUUUCAUAAGGCCCAAUUUGAUGUGCAGUGGUGGCAUCAGCACCUUCCGGGGGUCCACCAGUGACUCCCACUUGACGUUGUUCCUCCCCACAGAGAACUCAGUCCGCUGUGGCCAGUCCCGCCUGUGGUAGUGCGCCUUGGUGUCCCUGCUGUCCCAAAGGCAAAGAUAGCCUUGGAGACCCAUCAGGAAUGCCACCAUUUUGAAGUCUCCUAUGACCUUGAUGCCAUCUCAGAAAAAUGCAGAUAUGUAUCCACUUAGGCAGCUGGAACUAAACUGAACUGGUGGGCUUAAGGCCCCUGUAUUUAUACUACUAUUUUUAUUACUGGAAAGUUCUAGAAGUUACUCCAAGUUUACUCAGCACUGAAUCUAUCUGGAAUGUUCUAGAAAAUAGGUACAUUUCAAAAUAUCGCUGUCCUGGUCACAAAAGCAAAGUUUGUGGGGAAUAAUAGCCAUUUUCUAUACCUUUGAGGCAUAAGCAAUUAGGAAAUAACACUUACUACCCAGGAACAAAAAAAAAAAAAAAAAUUGUUACACAGUGUUAUUGAGUGGAUUUAGGAAGAAAUCCUAGCUGUAAAGGGUUACAUUCAAAAAGGCUUUUACUCCAAAGUUUCACCCUUUUUUUAUGAAAAUGAAAGAAUACAGAGUAAAGUUUUGUAACCAGUUUUGGUUAUCUGUGAAUGGUCAGUUAGUCAGUUCUGGAAUGCAAAUAGAUUAACCCAAUAUAAAAAGGCUGUAGAGAUAUUCUUUUGUAUCAUAAACAAAACAAAAAAUCCUGAGCCAUCUAAUAUAAAUGUAUGUGAAACCCCAAUUUACAGACGUUGGAUAAAGUCGCAGGACUGGAUUUUUCAUUAAUAUGAAUGGAGAGGUUUCUAAAAUGUACUUCUACAAUUCAUGUUUUUAUGGACAUGAUUGGUUUUGAAAAGCAUACGACUUAAAUAAUAAAUCUGCACAUUAAUUACUUUCGGUGAAAAAUGGCCAUGGAGUUUCAGUUCUAAAUGGUGUCUGUGUAGGUGGUGAACCAAGAUUCUAUUUCCAUAGGCUUCGGAUCUAGUUGUAUUUUGAUCAGUCUGAACUGUAUUGUCUUAAGUUGGAUUUAUAUAGUGCGUUUUUGUGCAUCGAUGGGUCCAGGGUCAAGGAAUUUCUAGAUCUAUACGCUGCACUUCAAAGCAGUGAUACACCACAUACUGUAUAGGAGCAUGCUGUUUACUACUGUGCUGCACAUUGAUUACUUCAAAUCCUCCAGGUCUGCUUGGUGCACUGUAUCUAAUUUCCUGGAGUCCCUUUUAAUAGAAUCAAUGUGCAGAUUGCACCUGCAAUAAAUCCUCUGUAUUCUACCUCGUCCAGGGUUUUUUUUAAACCCACGAGGACGACAUAAAUCUUGGAAGAGAAAGAUGGUGUGCAGUUCCUUUUAAUAGGAUUUAUUUUUUAAUGUGCUGGCAGUCGGUGAAUUCAUUUAUUUUUCAAUGUUACAAAAAGUGCAAAACUAAAUUAGCCUGAUAUACAGUACAUAACUGACACAAUAGAGAAUGGUAAUGCUAACCCAUCCAAAAACAUGCCAUGGUAGUAUCUAUACCCUUCUGAAGAUUCCCAUAGUACAAGCAUGGCAAAGUGUAAUAAAGCAUGGUAAAGCGUAUAUAAGUAUUGUAAAGCCCACUGUUGUAAACUUUUACAAAGGUAGUGAUACUAAAAGAAAUGCUAUUACUCAAUGUGUUCAACAUCUUCAAAAAAUAAAUUUCAGCAUUGAAGAGAAUGAGAAAGUCGUCUUGUUUAAACAUGCCGUACUAUAUCCGGCCUCUCUUGAUAUCUGAUACUGGCAUGGGUGUAGUGAGAGUGCCAGGCGUUCAUGGUGUCAGUGAGGAAAGGAAAGAGUGCUCUGUUUGUGAUCAGAUCUGCUCAGCUUUGCUCCGCCUUGCAGACCUAACACUAAACAAGUUACCUAAAAUUAUCCUCCCAACAACCAUAAUGCAAUGCCUUACAGCACCUAAAACCAUCUGUUUUAUAAUGUGAUCCCUCCUGUCAAUGUCAAAGUAAUGAUAGCACCAUCCAGAUGGCCAGCUAUUGAGAACCUAUGAAUCAAGUAUACAAAAUCCAGCUUGGUUCAGUACUGUUACGCUGCUAUAAACAGCAUGCUCUGCUGGCUUGGAAGUGAGUUUUCAGUGUUGCUGGAGUUUUUUUCCACGGUGAAGUUAGUGUAUGUUCUUGGUUUGAAACUCGCAGCUUCUGUUCCAGGGUCCCUUCAUUCAAUUUGUCCUCCACAGCUGAGCGAUGGGUUUGAAAAUGAAAUGGCAGCUUUCCACCAUCUGUUAUCCAAGCUGUUGUGUAUGGGGGCUGAGACAAAAACAAAAGGGCUUUCUUGCAUGUAGUUUGAGAUUUGGACACUACAGAUAUUAUCAGAUGGAUAUGGAAGCAUUUUUAUAUGUGUGAGAUACACUGCACAUGUGCAUCAUUUCAGGUAUUCAGAAUAUCAAGUUAAAGCAAUUUUGUGAAUUUUACCUACCUGUUUUAAAUUUAAAUUUACUGUUGAAGUAAAAUUUAAGGUAUGUGAUUAAUCUAGCUUUCCAAUAGCCCCAGGGUUCACUCUUAAACAUGUUUAUACUUUGAGAAACAUGGGGUGAGAAAGUAUUCAAAAAUGGAUAUUUCAUAAUUCCAGCAUUUGUUUUAUUUUUUGAAGUAUUACUGUUAUAGUGUUAUGGUUUGCUCCAUGAGCCUAUUCAUCUCGCAAGCUUUUUACUCCGCAUUUCCUUAAUCUCCAGGAGCUGUACAGCAUGUUAUGAAACGUUGGGGGUAAAGGUCAUAUUUCUUCUGAACCCUCAGAUAAAUCUGUCCGACGAGCCAACUUAUGCACUGGUGAUGUCCGUCUUAAAACUUCACAACUCUCCAAACUUCAUACUAGACUAUGGUGAUCUGAUAUACAAAGGUUUUGGUGAAGAAAAUGAUAAACCACAUUUUCAUAAAAAUGUUAAUAUUGUGCUAUCUCACUGUCCUUUCAAUCAGUGCCCAUUGUCAGACUGCACCAGAACGUUUUAGUUUUAAACCACUGUUUUGCUUUGCAUUUUAAAAGGAUGCUCCUUGCAGCAACUUAGCUUAUUCCAGUCAAAGGUGAGCCACGAUGAGUUAGUAGUUUACCCUUUUCUAUUUUGUUCUGUUGGAACUGAAAAAACUAACCCACAUUUUACUAGGAUGGGCUAAUUUGUAAGAGAAGUUUCAAGUUCUGACUAUCAUGAAAGCACUGUCACUAAGUUUAUGAUUGUAAUUGAUCUCCUCCUAGUGGCUGACGAGUUAAUAAUACUGACAUCAGCAUAAGACACGUACCGAGCGACUACACCUCUCGACUACAGCGCUUGCUCUAUAGUUGAAUAAUAAGAUGUCUUUGAAUCGUGAGGUUACCGAUUCAGGUCCAGCCUAGUUCCAUUCAGUUCAAUGUGCUGAGCUGCCAAGUCAUUACCACUCAUCAAUUAUUAAGUGUUCUCAUGUUUGAUAUUCUCAAAACAACAUCUGUCUGGGUUACCAUGAUCUUCCCCUGCUGUCUUUAUUGUAACUGCUAGAUUAACAGAUUUAAUAGUCUGUGAUUAUGAGGACCCCUCCGUAUCUGUGUGUUGAAUUUUGUUCCAUGUGACCUAGAUUGACUCAUUAGAAAUACAUAAAUAAAUAAAAGCAUCAAA